AUGAGGUACAAGAAAUCGUUCAAGCACCAUUGCCCGUGGAUCUCCUUCGUUUUGUGUGUAGCUGUGACAGACCUCUGGAGUGAACGUGUUUCGUUUGCGUGGGAAGUUCGGUUCGUGAUAGUUAGAAAGCACUCAACUCAAGUAGCUAGAGUGGCGGCAACUCUGAUCAACUCAACACCAUUCCAAAUUCGCUGCUCAGGGAGGCUUUUGCUGACGGGUGUGCUAUGUGUGGCAACGUUCAGAAAGCAAAUGAACUGCAAGGUUGAUGAAGCCACUGAGUUGUUCAAAUUCAUGGUAGAUGCUCGUAUUCCCCCAAAUUCAGCCACAUUCACAGGACUCUAG